AUGAACAAGCCAUUAUUCAUUCGUAUUGUGGAUAAGCUCGCAUCUGAAGUUCCCUAUUUUCAACAAAGAAGAGAUGCUACCGGAAGGUUGGGUUUGUCUACAUUGCAAAAGUGUACAGCAGCAAUUCGUAUGAUGACAUAUGGUUCUGCAGCUGAUGCGUUUGACGAAUACCUCCGACUUUCUGAAACUGUGGCGCUAUCAUGCUUGGACAAUUUUACAGAUUCAGUCGUAAAUCUAUUUGGAGAUGAGUACUUGAGAAGACCCACACCAGCAGAUCUUCAAAGACUACUCGACGAAGGCGAGUUACGCGGAUUUCCCGGCAUGAUAGGAAGCAUCGAUUGUAUGCAUUGGGAGUGGAAAAAUUGUUCCACCGCAUGGAAAUGUCAAUACACCCGCGAAUCUGGAAAGCCCACAAUCGUUUUAGAGGCGGUGGCUUCGUAUGAUCUCUGGAUCUGA